AGAAAAGCCGCACUGGCCCCGGAUGCAGCAUUUGGAUCUCUCCAGUUUACAAUGGAUAAGAUUCUGGAAGGAUUGGUGACCUCUUCGCAUCCCUUAAAUCUGAAAAAAGUCGUAGUAAAGAAAGUUGUGGAAUCGGCUGAAAAUUCAGUCAGUGAAGAACAAUGCAAGGCCAUGUUCAGCCUGACUACCCGCUUAAUCCUGGAAGGACAGGAUCCCUUUCAGAAGCAAGUUGGACACCAGGUGUUGGAAGCAUAUGCCAGAUACCAUCGGUCAGAAUUUGAGAAUUAUUUCAACAGGAACUUUGUUUUGAGCCUUUUGCAGGAAGGAUACAGAGCAUUAGAGCGCAAGGAUGUUGCUAUAUUAGACUAUAUCCACAACGGGCUGAAACUGAUUAUGAGCUGCCCCUCCAUACUAGAUAUAUUUUCAGUCCUACAGGUAGAAGUGCUGAGAAUAGUCUGUGAAAGACCAGAGCCAUCAGUAGCUGCAAGGUUAAGCGAACUGCUCACUGACUUUGUGCAGUGCAUUCCCAAGGGGAAAAUGUCCAUUGCAUUUUGCCAGCAACUCGUAAGGACAAUUGGACAUUUUCAGUGUAUAUCAACCUAUGAAAAGAAGCUGCGCGAAUAUGUUUCUCAAGUUACCAAAGUUAGUAGUUUGCUUCAAAAUAUCUGGAAGGUUGAGCCAUGCACUUUGCUUCCAUCGCUACAAGAGGUUUUUGCAAUUAUUUCUUCCACAGAUGCUUCAUUUGAGCCGUCUGUUUCUCUAGCCAGCCUUGUUCAGCACAUUCCCUUACAGCUGAUCACUGUCCUCAUCAGGAGUUUAACCACUGACCCCAACGUGAAAGAUGCAAGUAUGACUCAGGCUCUCUGCAGGAUGAUUGACUGGUUAUCCUGGCCUCUUGCUCAACAUGUCGAGACCUGGGUGAUCGCUCUGCUAAAAGGGCUAGCAGCUGUACAGAAAUUUACUAUCCUUAUAGAUGUCACUUUACAGAAAAUUGAACUGGUAUUUCACAGACUGUGGUUUCCCCUGGUAAGGCCUGGUGCUUUGGCUGUCCUCUCCCACAUGUUGCUCAGCUUUCAACAUUCUCCUGAGGCUUUCCAUAUGGUUGUUCCUCAUGUUGUGAGUCUGGUCCAGUCCUUUAAGAAUGUUGGUCACCCAACAAGUACAACGUUCCUAGCUGAGUUUGCAGAGCUGAUGCACUGCAUGAUUUACCAUUAUUCUGGAUUUCCAGACCUUUAUGAGCCUAUUUUGGAAGCACUUAAGGAUCUGCUGAAACCAUCUGAAGAAAAAAUGAAACUUACCCUAAAUCAAAGUGCAUGGACUUCUCAAUCAAGUACUUUGGCAUCUUUACCCAGAUUGUCAGGAAAAUCAGAAACUGGGAAAACUGGGCUCAUUAACCUGGGGAACACGUGUUACAUGAACAGCGUUUUACAGGCCCUCUUUAUGGCUACCGAUUUUAGGAGGCAAGUGUUAUCAUUAAAUCUGAAUGGCACCCACUCCUUGAUGAAGAAACUGCAGCACCUUUUUGCUUUCCUGGCUCACACUCAGCGAGAAGCUUAUGCACCGCAGAUAUUUUUUGAUGCUUCUAGACCGCCAUGGUUCACACCACGUUCCCAGCAAGACUGUUCUGAAUAUCUCAGGUUUCUUUUGGACAGACUGGAUGAAGAAGAGAAAACCAUUAAAGCUCUUUGUUCCAAAUUGCCUUCAGAUGCUCCAGUUACCGACUGCAGUGUUGUAGAAUCUUCAGCUUCAGUCUCGGAUGACAUUUCUAAUCACUAUUGCACAAAAGAGAGCAAGGGCUGUGGCAAUAAAGAAAAAACUUUAAUAGAACAUAUGUUUGGAGGAAAGCUACAAACUAAUAUUUGUUGUUUGAACUGCAGAAGUACUUCACAGAAAAGGGAAGCCUUCACCGACCUUUCCCUCGCUUUCUGUCCUACCUUAGUUGACAAACCUGUACAGAGUACCCUAGACUCCCCAAAGCAAAAAGAUGACGACUGUAUAGAAAUUGAUAUAACUCCUUCUGUUGAAGCUCCUUCUAUACUUGCUCCUUCAACAGAAGAUGUUACUGUUAGGCCAGCAAAAGACAAAUCCGAAUAUGAAGUGAAGAUGAAUGACAAUUGCGUUUUGGACAACUCUGAAUGUGCAAAUGCAGUUGAAUCUGCUAACAUGUCCGCCCAAAACAAUAGAAGAGAAAAAACUAUCUCUGUUACAGACUUGCUAAACUAUUUUCUGGCCCCGGAGAUCCUUGAUGGUGAUAAUCAGUAUUAUUGUGAAAAGUGUGCUUCUCUUCAGAAUGCUGAAAAGACUAUGCAAAUCAUGGAAGAGCCAGAAUACCUCAUCCUAACACUACUACGGUUUUCAUAUGAUCCAAAGUGUCAUGUGAGGCGUAAGAUCACAGAUAAUGUAUCUAUCCCUCUGGUGCUGGAUUUGCCCAUAGAAAGAACUACCUCUUCAACCUCACCAGCAGAUUGGGCAAUAGAAACUAACGUCCCUGAUGUUACUGAGAAUCUUGCUAAAAAGCUGAAGCCCUCGAAUACAGAGGAUCUUUGCUGUACACGUCUAGUACCUUAUGUUUUAAGUUCUGUUGUGGUACAUUCUGGCACAUCAUCUGAAAGUGGCCAUUAUUAUUCAUAUGCCAGGAAUGUUACAAGUUCAGAAAGAUGUCUGUAUGCUGAGAAAUCCUGCUAUUCUCAUGGUCAGUUGGUAGGAAGAGAAACUGGCAGCUCAGUUAUGACACACAAUGACGCACAAUGCAAUGAUGUCUCCAAGGAUUGGUUUCUCUUCAAUGACAGCAGAGUAACGUUCACAUCUUUCCAAUCUGUUUUUAAUAUCACCAGUAGGUUUCCAAAGGACACUGCAUAUGUGCUUAUUUAUAGAAAGCAUAACUUGGGCGAUUUAAAUCGCAUCCAGUCUAGUUCAGCUAAUGGACUCUGGGUAAAUGGUGAACCACCACUUCAGAAGGAUCUCCUGGAUGCUAUUACAAAAGAUAAUCUUCUGUACUUACAGGAACAAGAACUUAAUGCCCGCACUCGUGCUCUGCAAAACACUUCUGCCUCCUGCUCCUUUCGACCUAAUGGAUUUGAUGACAACGACCCUCCAGGAAGCUGUGGCCCCAGUGGAGGUGGAGGAGAUGGAGGAUUUAGUACCCUUGGCAGACUUGUCUUUUAAAUGAGGCGAUGAGAAUAUACAUAUAUAGGCAGCUUCAUUUCCUGAAGAAAAUUAUUACGGAUUGACACUUCUGUGGGCACAGAUCAACACAUUGUUGUCUUAUCCCUAAAAGGGGUUGCAGAAUAGCUGACUAUAAAUGCAGGCAACUGGAUGCUACUGUAUGCCGGUCCGUUUUUUUUUUUAUUCAGUAUGUGGACAGGUCCGUAUCUCUUCUAUCAAACGCACUGGUCUUUGGGGGAAGGGGGGUUUCCUUAUUUAAAAGUUGAAAGCUUUAUGGUGCAUUUUAUACCGAAAGCAAUAAUCUACACUUUUGUCUGCAUUUUUGUUUUCCUAAAUCAGGGUAAUUCCUUAAAAUCUUACUAGUAAAGAUAUCAGAUGAUGCGUGUGUAUAUACAUUAAUCAAAUCACUUGUAAGGACAUUGAAUGUUCUGCUAAAAGCUCCCCCCCCCCAUUGUUUUUACCAUAAGAAAACUUUAUAGUAUUUCUAUUUCGAGAAUUUUGUUUUUAAAAAUUCUACUUCAGGGAAUACAUCUGCUGUGUGACAGAGGGAAAGUCAUUUAUGUGCCUUGCAGUACUGUAAGUGAAGAAUCCAUUGGCUUGUAGAAUGUCAUGGGUUCUAUUCUACGUUGUCAACAUUACAAUUUAAAUUUGCUUUUUUGUUUAAAGUAAAACAGUGGUUCCAUGUGUGUGUUGAAACUUUAUUGAUUGGAUAAUCUCAACACCAACAUGAAUAGCUCACACCUCCGACCUUAAAACCAUUCAUCCAGAUCAAAAGAAAAUAAACCAAUGGAAGGCAGUUACUA